GCACUAUGCUAGUGGCGGGGAGAGGGCGUUGAGAGGGACGCUGCACUCGGACCCGGCGGCAGGCGCGUGAACACAGCGUGCGGCUCCUGGGAGUCGAACGGGCACGCUGACAACUCGGCAUCGGCAGUGGGUCGAGAAAGCCAUCCGCACCAUCCAUGCUGGGAACAGCUGAGGCGAGGGACCUACAGGUGGCGGCAAGAAGCGGGGAGCCGUGAUACACCUGCAGGGGAGUGUCGACCGCCCGGUCGUCUGUGCCGCGUUCCUGCAGCGCUCGGUGCGGUGCCCGGAGGACAGCGACCGGACGGCCGAAGCAGCGCUGACGGCGAUGGUCGUGUGCCUCACCUGGGGCUGCCAGGCCCCCGCGGCAGCCCUGUGCGCACCCCCGGUGCUGGGCCCGCCCCAGCCUCCGCCGCAGACGACCGCCACAACGUUCUGCUCCGUGAUCCCCAUCCAUCCCUGGAAGCAGUCAUAUGGCAUGGAGCAAGUGUGGCAGGCCGAGUUCCAGAAGCUGUUCUCGCAGUACGUGCCCCAGACGUGGUACCUGCUGCCGGUCGUGCAGCGCCCCAUCGGCGUCAACUGGCAGACGUUCGUCGACUCGGCCAAAGUGCGCUUCUGCUGCGAGGAAUGCGGCCACGGCUGGACGUCCAUGAAGGGGCGCAUCUCGUUCUGGUUCCUGCUGACGAGCCACGGCGAGGGCCUGGUCACCUUCAAGCUGUACGGCCAGCAGUGCGACAAGUGCAAGGUGGGCCGCUAUGAGCCGGCCAUGUGGUACCCGGAGGAAGUGGUCAAGGUGCUGGUAAACAUCUACAACCGGGUGGGCCAAGUUUACUACGGCUUCCAGCAGCCGCCCAUCCACAAGAACCGGCGGCCGGGAAAGCCGCGAAACCCGCACAACGCUGAACUGUGCCAGGCCUGCAAGGACGGUGUCUGCUCCGAACGGAGGUGAUUGCGACGCAGUACGAAAGGCGACUCAGCGGAGUGUUAUAUAGACCACGGCGCACGACGGGGCUCUUCGAUCACACCUGUUGCGAAACUCAAUAUUGGACCCACGGCUCAUGAACGGCGGCGCUGAUUGGACCAUAAGUUGAAAACGUAGUCGCGCAGCUGUAGUUGAGCAAGCUAUGGGCAAGCACGAUACGCAGAUGGUUGUGGUUGCGCUUAUAUUCAAAGCAUUCAAAGCGAUAAAUGUCAAUUAUAGGGCAUGCUGCUAGCCGUCAACGUAUAGGCACAAUCCGUGGCCGAAUUCUGAAGUGCGGUUUCACAAGAGCACGGGUGUUAGUGAAUAUAAUUUUGCCGAGGUUGAGAAAUUCAGACCCACGAGCGCUGGCUUUUCGAUCACAGCCAAGCCUCGGUUGCACACACGUCAACAUGCGCCACACGUGGGAGCGUUCCUAAAGAAUAUAAGCUUGCUGCAAGGCAGGUGCGCCUUUCCCUUAUCGAUAGUAUUCGUGAACAAUUUGUCAAAAACGCGCACCACACGUACGCUCACCUUCCAUAGGAGGCGUUGGACCACGACUACCACAUUUGCGCCAGACUCCUAUAAAGAUUAUGUAAAAGCCCAGUGAGGAAGACAUUUCCACAGGGAUUAACGGAAAGAAAAAAGAAAGUGCUCGAGCAGCUCUAUAAACAAUUUAAGAACGGUACAUGCGGUUAGUAAAGCAGAGCUCUGCUUUUCCUUACAGCUGUUCAAAGUGUCUCCCCAAUCAUGUUGUAACAACAAACCCAUCUCUCUUCUCACAGAAGAGUGCUGCGAAGCAGGAAUCGCCAGCAUGAAUGUAUCAAAGUGGCAAUAUGCAUAAUUACGCACCAAACCAGUUUCCUUCUUUUUCUUUUCAACCAUAUGCCAACGGUCAGAGAAUGCCGAAUUAUAUUGCCUAUUAGUUUCUCCCUGGAUAUUUGUUCUGUCUGCUGGUCACUAUAAAUGCUGUCGAGCAGGUUGCUUUAUAACUAUGCAAUUUGACAUACGUUUCCAAAGGAUGAGGCAGUUAACGUGAAGCAGGACAAAGAUCACUCAACGCCCUUUUUCAUUAACUACUGCUAAUACAACAAGGUCAAAAUAUGUUUUUGACUGGCUCCUGAUUUGGCUCGACGCAAUUGCUACAACAGGUACCAGUGCUUUCGACCCCGCUAUCAUCAGUCAAGUUUCCUGUGGGAAUCUGUUCAUAAAUGCUUGCUGGCAGGAUGCUGUCCACCAGGACUGUUCUAUGAACAUGUCGCAUAUCUUUUGUUCCUUUUUCAUUAACUACUGAUAACACGACAUGGCCAAAAAUCUGUUUUCAACUGGCUCCUGAUUUGGCUCGACGCGAUUGCUACUACAGGUACCAGUGCUUUCGACCCCACAAUCAUUGGUCAAGUUUCUUGCCGGAAUCUCUUUAUAAAUGCUUGCUAGCAGGAUGCUAUCUACCAGGACUGUUCUAUGAAUAUUUCGCACAUUUUUGUUCUUUUGAAAGAGAAAUUUCGAGUUAAUGAAAUUUGCAAUUUAAUGAAGUUUUUUGCUGCAAGUGCAAUGUCAAUGCAUUGAAGUUGGACAUUUAUAGCCAAGUAAUAUAUCAGUUUCAUCAAAAUUGGACACCUUGAUUGAUGCAGUUACAGCAUUGAUGUGUUUUUAUUGAUAGUUUAAACUUUAGGCUUUUUCUUUGUCUUUCGGCAAGUUAUGGUAAAAAAUAAGAUUGAGUGCAUAAUAAGAAACUUUCACCAAACAAUCACUAGAAUUUAACUGUCGCUAUUAAGUGCAAAAAGUUAUAUUAAAGACACGGUGGUUACCCAAAACCAACAUUAUCUAUAAACGUUGCUCAAGAUGGGCAUUUCUGCAAUUCACAAUUAUUUGAGUAGGUGGGCUCAUGCAAUGUCGCCUCUUAACAGACUUCAGGAAAUGAAAAGCCACGUGCCUUCUUAUGUUGAUGCAUUACCUCUAGUGCAUCCGACUGUGUGAAUAUGCCAAAACGAUAAACGGGAGCCAAAGCCUUUCUCACACCUGUCAGCCCUUACACCCAGUUUCCUUUUUUUGUAAAGUAAAGCUUUACUCCUGCCACACAAACACACACAAGAAAAAAGCUUGCACCUGCACUGGUGAUUAAGUGACACUAAUGGUGAAAAACUGAAAACAUCCAACUAUGGUGCUCAAGGUAGAAUGCACGCAAGUUAAAAUUACGAUUUCCCUGAGGCAUGCACUUUGCCUGCAGUCACCAUGACUUGCAGUAAAGUAGAUUGAGAGAGAGAACCUGAUUUGCUGUCCAGUACCAAGUGAGCUAAAGGGGGAUAGCAGCAACAGAAGUAAACAAAACACUGCUUGCAUUUGGACAACCCCUACCAAGCAUAACUACAGAUUUCGUAUCACAUAUUAAAAUUAGUACAACUGUCAUUAGAGUGCUCAGGAGUUUGUGCCGUCUUGAAUUUACAGUGACAGCAUAUUUCUACGCCAUAAUAUUUAGGACUAUCAUAAUGUUGUUUUCAAGCUUGAAUCUUUACCAAGGUACCGUUUCAUGCCAUACUGUAGCCAAUGGCAUUUCAUGCAGCGCAUAAAUAAUUUGAGAAAAAUGAAGGGCCAACUUGCCCAUUUGUUCUAUUUCAUAAAAAAGUAUAGCCACACAUUUCUGAGCACAAACUAGAGGUAGUGAGAGAGAGAACAACUAUUUAAAGCAAGCCCCAGUUCGAGUCCAAAGAGGGAGUGAUGCUGAAGCAAUAAAAGAAAGCAAGUUUUCAGAAAGUUGAGAGUUAAAACAAACUUUGUCAGCAAUCUCGAUACUAACAGUCUGGGUAGCAGCAGUAAUUAUAAAGAUUGUUGAGGAACAUCUCACUGUUGAGGAACAACUAGCAUUCUUACAAGUGCUUACCUCAGAUGUUUUUAUUAUGUGCUCACAGCAUGGUGGAACACUACUUUUGAGUACACCUUGCAUGAUUGUAAGCAAUUUUUGUAAAGGUAUGGGAACUAUUUUGUUUUUCCUGCCUUGCUUCAUUUUGAUGACUGCUCAACAUGCAACCUAUAGUUGUAAGCGAUAUAAUAGUGAUGUAGAAUGUUUACUGAAAGGUGAUAACGAUAAAUAAAGCAGUAAUCCCCCUGCUGCUAAUAUUCAAAGCAAAUUUCUUAAUAAUAAUUUUGAUGCAAUAGAAGACUCACUUUGUGUCCAAAGAACAUAUGUACACACUAUGCUUGCUUUUCCAGAACCGUUUCCCAAGUUUCCAAUAUGCUUAUAUUAGCACCAAUUUUGUUACUUGUUACAAGUAGUUUCUUCAUAAAACUACAUUUCUGAAUGAACAAGUGCCUGCUUGUUGUCUUUCUCAUGUUUACAACAUUACCGUAAACACUAGCGAACGCUAUUCAUGCAUGCCUUAUUACUGUGGUCAAGUGUUGAGCUGAUGCAUAACCUCAAGUAACAUGCCUACCCAUUUACGAGUGUUUAGCAAUGCACAUAGCUUUUGCCACAAAGUGCACCAGCAAUCUCAAUUGCUCUUUCUGUUCCUGACUGUGUUUACAUCAGCUGUGAUGCACCUUGUUUUUUUUUUGCUUGUUUUAUCAUAACAAUGUCGCUUGCCUGUUGUUGUUCUAUUGAUGUCAAUUGUUGAAAACUUCAAUUCCAAGUUAUGUGUACAGUAGCAUACUUGUGCAUGCUCAAAACAUACUGUGCUGUGCAAUAAACUAAUUCUGCGACA